AUAAUAAUGCAGUAAAUACAUAGCGCAAAGCGAGUUUCCAACGUCAUUCCGCCGUCGUCGCAAUCGCAGGGAUCCAUCAUCACAAGUUCCGUGAAAUCAAAUGGUCGUUUUCUCUGUGAAACCUUUCUUCAGAAUUCUCGUUGUCUCCCUCUCACUCCUCUUCCUUCUCGCACUGCAAUUGCCUUCUUCCCUUUUCUCUCAAGUUCACAUUUAUGGGGAACCCUCCUUAGGGGAGGUGGAUAUAUGGAGUGUUCGGAGACUCAUGGAAUGGAGACCUUGCAAUUGGUGGCUACAAGGCCGUCAAACAGGUGCAGCUCUACCAUUAGAAACUUAUGGAUAUAUCAGAGUGGAUUGCUAUGGGGGGCUCAAUCAGAUGCGAAGAGAUUUCUGUGAUGGUGUGGGCAUUGCUCGUCUGUUAAAUGCAACCCUUGUCUUGCCGAAGUUUGAAGUGGCUUCAUAUUGGAAUGAAACAAGUGGUUUUGCAGAUGUAUAUGAUGUAGAUUACUUUAUACAGCAUAUGAAUGGCUUUGUCAAAGUUGUCAAAGAGUUACCACCAGAGAUUGCUUCAAAAGAACCAGUUCGAGUGGACUGUAGCAAACGGAAAGGCCAAUUUGAUUAUGUUGAAAGCGUUCUUCCAUCUUUGUUGAAACACAAGUACAUUUCAAUCACACCAGCAAUGUCUCAAAGAAGGGACAGAUACCCUUUGUAUGCAAAAGCUGCUCUCUGUCAAGCUUGUUACAAGGCAUUGCGUCUCACCAGAUCCUUGGAAAUGAAAGCCUCUCAGCUUCUAGAUGCAAUACCUAAACCCUUUUUGUCUCUUCAUCUUCGUUUUGAGCCAGACAUGGUUGCUUACAGCCAGUGCGAGUAUCCAGACCUUUCUCCUGCUUCCAUGAAAGCCAUAGAAGCAGCACAAGUGGACAGAAAACCAUGGACUGGAGAGUUAGCCCGUGUUUGGAGACUACGUGGGAAAUGUCCACUUACGCCUAAUGAGACAGCUUUAAUACUUCAAUCUCUUUCCAUCCCACCAACCACAAAUAUAUACCUGGCAGCUGGAGAUGGUUUGAUGGAAAUUGAAGGUUUGACAGAUACCUACACCAACAUAGUUACCAAAUCAAGUAUUCUCAGUAGAGAAGACUUCACAAGCAUGCAUGGCAAUACAAAAGCUGCUUUGGAUUAUUAUGUAUCUAUUAACAGUGAUUCAUAUAUAGCCACAUAUUUUGGGAACAUGGAUAAGAUGGUUGCAGCAAUGAGAGCUUUCAAUGGUUUAUACAAGACUCUAUUUUUGAGCAGAAGAGGUUUUGCACAAUUAACCUCACAGGGUCUUAGAGGAAAGAAGUUGAUGCAAGCACUAUGGAAGCUUCACAGAGAUGAUUUUGCCAAUGGAAGAGGCUCUGCUCUGUCCGAGUGUUUUUGCGAAUUCAAGUUGUGAUUUUGGAUCUCGGAUUCAUCAUUUUUGUAGUUUUGACAUUAUUAAUUUAAUUUGGCUUUUCACUUUUCAGGAAGGCACUUCUUAGCUUCUGUCAGCUUGUUUAUUAUUUUGUAUUGAUGUGAUGCUUUUUAAUCCUAUCACUAAUGAAAAUUUUGGCACACGAUUGGUGUAAGAACACGAGUGAAAUUAUUACACAAUUAGAAAUAUCCAUCCUGUUAUUGAUCA